CAAUGUACAUGUGGUCUUGACUUUGACAAUUUUACAAAAACAUAAUUUUAUAAAUUUUAUGAGACUUUUAAAAGCUUAAAAUCAUUAUUCAUUUUAGGAAUCUUAACAAUUUAUCGCUCAAAAUAUAUAUAAUAAUUAAAUGCUAAUCUGCGUAGGUUGCAAAGAUGGACAUUGAUACAAAUUUUUCGUCAGCCUUAAAAGGGUUGACGUCUGUUGAUCCUGAAUCUAUCCAGUUUCUAACAUUCACUGAUGAAGACAUCAAGAAAUUGAGUGUUGUAAAAAUAACCAAUGUAACAACUUUUGAUACUUUGGGUUACCCUACACCUGGAGGGUUAUACGACCCUGCUAUGGGCCCGAUAAGAGACAGAAAUGACUAUUGUGCAACUUGUAAUAACCAAAUGUUACACUGUCCUGGUCAUUUUGGCCACAUUGAACUACCUCUGUGUGUUAUAAAUCCACUCUAUAUUAAAAAUGUAUACACAUUGUUCCGGGUUUCCUGCUUAAAAUGCCAUAAAAUUCAAAUGGAUGAUAAAAUAAAGUUUAUAUUGAAGUUACAACUGGACUUAAUAGAUGCAGGCUAUGUGACAGCUGCUUUGGAUUUAGAGAACCUUGUUAUUGAUACUAAAGAAAAAGGCCAGCCCAGUAGUCCAGACAAGCCACACAAAAUGAUUCGUAAAUACCAAAAGUUAUUAAAGAAGACAGAUGGUGUAACAAAGACUUUCCAAAAUAAGAACACAGAUAAAUUGAGAACCAAGAUUAUUAAUUUUUAUUUUAAAUCAAUGAAUACAGCUAGGACAUGCAUAUUCUGCAGAAGCAAGUUAAUAAAAGUCACAACAACAGACAAUAAAAUUAUGUACAAUACAACGGCAGAUACAGGAUCAAAAGGGCUAAAAAUAUUAAUGCCAGAUGAGUUGAAACAGAAUUGUAGCGCUAUUGCUGAGAAUGAUGAAGAUAUAUUGAAGUACUGUCUUCCUUUAUUGAAGCAUACAAACCUGAAACCUGUUACAGAUGUAUUCUUUUUGCAAGUAUUGCCUGUCUUACCACCAAAUGUUCGGCCAUGUAAUGUAGUGCAGGGCGAAUUAGUUGAACACCCCCACAAUAAUGUCUACAAAAAUAUUCUUGCAAAGGCCUACACAGCUAGAGUGGUCCUACAAGUAUUAAAAAGUCAUGAUCCACAGAAAACCAUAGAUAAUCUGGAUGCAGAACCAAGGAAAAGUUACGAAGGUACAUAUGGCAAGUCCCCAGCUGAAAAAUUGCAUACGUUGUGGCAAGAAUUACAGGUGAAUGCUCAAAACUUGCUCAGCAGUAGUGGUCCGAAAGCCAGUUCUUAUGGUCUCAAACAAAUCAUAGAAAAGAAACAGGGUAUUAUAAGAAUGCAUAUGAUGGGAAAGAGAGUCAAUUUUGCUGCUCGAUCUGUCAUCACACCAGAUCCCAAUGUGGAUAUAGAUGAAAUAGGAAUGCCGGAUGUUUUUGCUACAAAACUCACAUACCCUGUACCAGUAACUGAAUGGAAUGUUGAUGAGUUAAGAAAAAUGGUUAUAAAUGGCCCUAAUGUCCACCCAGGUGCUGAAAAGUUAGAAAUUAAGAAUGGACGAAUAAUAAGAAUUCCACCUGACUCCAUAGAGAAAAGAAAAAGUCUGGCUAAAAGAUUACUUACUCCUGAAGAAUACAAGAAAACUGGUUUAAAGAUUGUUCACAGACAUUUAAUAAAUGGUGAUGUUUUAAUAUUAAAUCGACAGCCUUCUCUUCACAAGCCUAGUAUGAUGGCACACAGAGCUAGAAUUCUCAAGGGAGAGAAAACUAUUAGAUUACACUACGCUAAUUGUAAAUCAUACAAUGCAGAUUUUGAUGGUGAUGAAAUGAAUGCACAUUUCCCGCAGAACGAAAUUGCUAGAAGUGAGGCUUAUAACAUUAUGUCAGUACGCCAUCAAUAUUUAGUACCAAAGGAUGGGACACCAUUGAGUGGUUUAAUUCAAGAUCAUGUAAUUUCAGGUGUACGAAUGUCUUUGCGAGGGACAUUCUUCAAUAAAUCUGAUUAUCAUCAACUUGUUUUUCAAGCUCUAGCAAAUCAUAAAGGAGAAAUAAAACUAUUACCACCUACAAUAUUGAAACCAGUAAUGCUCUGGUCUGGUAAACAAAUUCUUUCUACUAUCAUUAUAAACAAUAUCCCAAAAGGCAAACCAUAUUUGUCAUUAAUAGGAAAAGCGAAAAUCAGUUCUAAAGCUUGGCAAAAGUCACAAGGUAGACCUUGGAAAGCGGGGGGUAUACCAUUUUCUAAUCCUAAUGAAAUGUCUGAAGCGGAAGUGAUAAUAAGAAAAGGAGAACUUUUGAGUGGUGUAUUGGACAAAACUCAUUAUGGUGCUACACCCUAUGGUCUUGUGCAUUGCAUGUACGAGUUGUAUGGUGGAGAUAGCUCAAGUGCCCUUUUAAGUUCGUUUUCUAAAGUUUUUACUUUCUAUCUUCAAUGGAUUGGAUUCACUCUCGGCGUCAAAGAUAUUCUAGUCGUAGAAGAAGCAGAUAAGAAAAGGGAAGAAAUUGUCCGUUUGGUGAGACAGGUCGGUAAACUCGCAGCUGUUAAAGCAACAGAAUUACCGGCAGAUACUGACGAAAAUAAGAUAAAAGAAACCAUUGGAGAUAUGAUGAAUAAAGACCCGAAGUUUAGGGCGAAUUUAGAUAGGCAAUACAAAAACGUGCUUGAUUCGUACACAAAUAACAUAAAUACUGUCUGUUUAACUCAAGGCUUAUUAGAGAAAUUCCCAUAUAACAAUCUUCAAUUGAUGGUUCAAUCGGGUGCUAAAGGAUCUACAGUUAACACUAUGCAGAUUUCAUGUUUGUUGGGACAAAUUGAAUUGGAAGGCAAAAGACCUCCACUGAUGAUGUCCGGUAGAUCCUUGCCUAGUUUUCCUCCGUAUGAUAUAACACCCAGAGCCGGUGGUUUUAUAGAUGGUCGAUUUAUGACAGGAAUUCAACCACAAGAGUUCUUCUUCCAUUGUAUGGCUGGUCGUGAAGGUCUAAUUGAUACAGCCGUUAAAACAAGUCGUUCUGGUUAUUUGCAAAGGUGUUUAAUCAAACAUCUCGAAGGUCUCAGUGUGGCGUAUGAUAACACGGUUCGGGAUGCUGACGGCAGCGUCGUUCAAUUUGCUUAUGGCGAAGAUGGACUUGAUGUACUGAAAUGUCAAUAUAUUAAAAAAGACCAAUUUCCAUUCCUAGACAUGAAUGUAAAUGCAGUGAUUAGUAAAUCGAUUAUCAAAAAACUUAAGGAAGAAGAAGACAAAGUAAUAAUAAAAGCGAAAAAGUCAUUAAAGAAAUGGAAGAAAAAGUAUGGAAGUCCGUUUGAGAAAGAAAGGAGCAGUGGAUUUGCUAAAUUCUCAGCAAUUGCAAGGAAAAAUAUAACGCUUGAUGAAAAACCCACUGAUGAAACUCGUGAUCCAUAUUAUUGGGAGCUUGAAAAAAUGUGGAGAUCAUUGGACGAUGAAGAAAGAGCUGAAUACACAAGGAAGCAAUGCCCAGAGCCAAUUCCAAGUAAAAUGUCGCCUGAAUAUAAAUUCGGUGUUAUUAAUGAACAACUUGAUGACCUUAUUCAAAGUUAUCUAAAAAAUCGUGAUCAAAACAUAUUUAGAGAAAUAACCGAUGAUGAUAAAUUCAAGGAAGUAAUGAAUGCAAAAUAUUUAGCUUCUAUGGCAGCUCCUGGUGAGCCUGUAGGCUUGCUUGCGGCACAGUCUAUAGGAGAGCCGUCCACUCAGAUGACACUGAAUACCUUCCACUUCGCCGGUAGAGGUGAUAUGAACGUCACACUCGGUAUACCACGUCUCAGAGAAAUUCUCAUGACUGCAUCGGCAAACCUUAAAACACCAAAUAUGGAUAUACCAUUCCUUGAUAACAUUUCAGACCUAACUCGUAAAGCUGAAAAAUUAAGAAGGAAAAUGAAUAGAGUCACCGUAGCUGACGUAUUAGAAAAGAUAAACGUAGAAUGUGAAAUUGUGACAAAACCAAAUAGACAGUUGAAGACAACGAUGCGAUUCGUAUUUCUACCACACUCCCAAUUCAAAACGCAAUAUGUUAUAAAACCAGCACAAAUAAUAAAGCACAUGCAAAAUAAGUUCUUCUCGGAAAUGUUUACGCAUAUUCGUAAACAAGCUAAAGCCACUUGUGGUGUCUUGUGGUCGACAGAAAAGGAAAAGAAAAGGAGAGGUCCUGCUGACGAUGAUAAUGAAGAUGAUGAGGGUUUUGAAGAAAAGCCGGAUACAGCGACCGGAGCAGACCCAGCCGAUAGCUCGGACGAAGAGGGACCUAACGAUGAUGACGACAAUACUGACGUGAAAAUCCGCAAAAAACAAGCAGAUGAGCAGGAGUACGAUGAUCCCGAAUCUGAGGAAGAAGAAAAGUCCGAUGAUGAAAUAGAAAUAGAAAAUGAGGAACAAAGCUUCAAGGAUAUAGAAGAAGACGAAGAAGACAAUUCGGGAAAAGUAUCAGCCGCUCACAAUAAGUCUAUGGCAGAUGUCGUUGAGCGCAUUAGUGAUGCUACAAACUACACCUUUGACACGAAGUCCUAUAAAUGGUGCGAAUUAACAGUUCUAUUCCCAAUUAGCUUCCUAAAAGUCGAUCUCUCUCAAGCAUUACGCGAGGCCGCCAUGAAAUCCGUCAUUUAUGAGAUCAAGAACAUAAAACGUGCUAUCACCAAUAAAGAAAAGGGAGUUCUAUACCUGAAGACAGAAGGAAUAAACAUCGUCCAAAUGUUCAAAUACAAUAACAUGUUAGAUUUGAAUAAGCUAUAUAGUAACGAUAUUCACGCGAUUGCUAGAACGUACGGCAUCGAAGCAGCUAAUAAAGUGAUAAUUAAAGAAAUUCAAAAUGUGUUUAAUGUGUACGGUAUUACAGUUGAUCCGAGGCAUUUGUCUUUGGUCGCUGAUUAUAUGACGUAUAAUGGAGUGUUUGAACCAAUGAGUCGCAAGGGCAUGGAAGCUUCGUCUUCGCCGUUGCAGCAGAUGUCCUUUGAAUCGUCUUUGAUAUUUUUGAAGGAAGCGGUACUUAAUGCUAAAACUGAUAGUCUUCGGUCUGCUUCGAGUUGCCUUAUGAUCGGGCAACCAUGUCGCGUUGGUACUGGAGCGUUUAGUUUGCAGCAUUAUUCUAAAGUUGUGGGAUAAGCAGAUUUUAUAAUUCAUGUACAUUUAAGUAUUUUAGGCUUAAAAUAUAUA